CAGUUCAAUUGUGGAGAAGGGAACAGAACAUUAAGUGAAUGAAUUUCAAUAUGACAAGAUCAAGCGUCCUUAUCUGUUUCUUGAUGCUGUGCUCAAGUCUUCUCAUCCCAGGCCAUUGUCACCGGUCGUUGCCUAAAAAACAUGUUGCACUAUUUAUCUUCGGUGAUUCACUAUUUGAUGCUGGCAAUAAUAACUACAUCAACACCACUACCUAUUCUCAGGCAAAUUUCUGGCCAUACGGUGAAUCCUUCUUCAAAUACCCAACUGGGAGAUUUUCUGAUGGGCGUUUGAUUUCGGAUUUCAUAGCUGAGCGUGCAGGAUUACCAUUUAUACCAACAUUUUUGCCAUCCUACAACGAUAAAUUUGUUUAUGGGGUGAACUUUGCAUCCGCAGGAGGUGGUGCUCUAGUUGAAACUUAUCGAGGCUAUGUGAUAGACCUUCAAACUCAGCUGAGUUACUUCAAGAUUGCGGAGAAGCAGUUGAAGCAAAAACUAGGUGAUGCAGAAGCCAAAACAUUGUUGGGCAACGCAGUUUACUUAUUUAGCAUCGGUGGCAAUGAUUAUGAUGCGGCUCUGACAUCAAAUUCAAGUGUGCUUCAGUCGGAUUACUCUACAAAACAAUAUAUAGGGACGGUGGUCGGCAACUUAACAACUGUAAUCAAAGAGAUAUAUAAGACAGGAGGAAGGAAAUUUGGGCUUUCAAGCGUGGGAGCUUCGGGUUGUUCACCAGCUUGGAGGGCAACUAUGAAUGGAAGCUCAGGAUCCUGCUUGGAGACUCCUCCUUCAGAGUUAGCAAAACUACACAACAUAGAACUCUAUAAAGCCCUGGAGGAGUUAGAGAAGCAACUAACAGGAUUCAAAUAUUCAGUUCACAAUUUCUACGAUUCUGGCGUUGAAAUUAUUAACAAUCCUUCAAGAUAUGGUUUCAAGGAGGCUAUGACGGCAUGUUGUGGCAGUGGACCAUACAGAGGAAUAUCAAGCUGUGGGGGGAAGAGAAUUGGGAUAGAAGAGUAUGAACUAUGUGACAAUCCUGCGGAAUAUUUCUACUUUGACUCUGGUCAUGCUACCGAAAGGGCAUACAAGCUAUUUGCAGAACUAAUGUGGAGUGGAACUCCAAAUAUCACUUGGCCUUACAAUCUGAAGAAGCUAUUUGAACAUAGCGGAGCUUGAAUUGAUCCAGCUAACUUCUAUAAUGAAUAAGGGAUAUUUGUUCAAUAAAUAAGUUUGAUAUAUGGAUUUUUCCUAUUCUGUUGUCUGUCAAAGAUCAAACCAGUUACUAGCAGAAGAUGCGAAUAAAGUGUAAUACACAAUACUAUUAUCAUUAUAGACAAUAAAAUACAAGCAUCACCAUAUUUCCAAUAAAA